AAUUAAAAAAGGAGUACCGAACGAGUGGGAAACCGAAAAGUAGAAGCAUCCGAACAUUCGUAGUUACGAAAACCAUAUUCCAAGUUUUCCAAAUAAGAAAAUCAACAAAAAUCCCGUCGCCCCCCUUUUCAUCUCAUCAGCGGACUCUGAUCGAAGCCCAUUCUUGUUUUCUGCCGUUCUCUGCUCUGACCUGAGACCUCUCUCUUUCUCUCUCCUCUAUUUUUGCUUGUUGGUACUUGGUUCAGAGCCACCCUUACACGAAGAUGCAUUCUAAUCAUCUGCUUCUAGAGGAGCCAAUUAGGAUGGCUUCCAUUCUGGAGCCAUCCAAGGCCAGUUUCUUUCCUGCAAUGACUAAGAUCGUGGGGACUCUGGGGCCGAAGUCUCGAUCCGUGAACAUUAUUUCGGGCUGCCUCAAGGCUGGAAUGUCUGUGGCCCGAUUCGACUUCUCGUUGGGUGACCCGGAAUAUCACCAGGAAACACUGGAGAAUCUGAAGGCCGCUGUGAAGAGCACUCAGAAGCUUUGCGCUGUUAUGCUGGACACUGUGGGCCCUGAGUUGCAGGUCGUCAAUAGAAGUGGGAAAUCUAUUUCGCUUCAGAUGGACGCUUCUGUUGUUCUGACACCAAAUCAAGAGCUAGAAGCCUCUUCAGACCUGUUGCCCAUUAAUUUUGAUGGGCUGGCAAAGGCAGUGAAGAAGGGAGACACCAUAUUUAUGGGUCAGUACCUGUUCACUGGAAGUGAAACUACUUCUGUUUGGCUGGAGGUUUCUGAAGUGAAAGGGGAAGAUGUUGUUUGUGUGAUAAAGAACACUGCAACACUGGCCGGAUCAUUGUUCACUUUGCAUGCCUCUCAAAUUCAUAUCGAUCUGCCUACCCUCACUGAUAAAGAUAAGGAGGUUAUAAGCACCUGGGGAGUUCAAAAUAAAAUUGACUUCCUCUCACUGUCAUAUACCAGGCAUGCAGAAGAUGUUCGACAGGCCCGCGAGCUUCUUUCUAAGUUGGGUGACCUAGAUCAGACUCACAUUUUUGCAAAGAUUGAAAACAUUGAGGGGUUAACACAUUUCGAUGAGAUCCUACAAGAGGCAGAUGGUAUUAUCCUUUCACGUGGGAAUUUGGGCAUAGAUCUCCCUCCCGAAAAGGUGUUUUUAUUUCAAAAAGCUGCGCUUUACAAGUGUAACGUGGCUGGAAAGCCUGCUGUGCUUACUCGUGUAGUGGACAGUAUGACUGACAACUUGAGACCAACUCGUGCAGAAGCAACUGAUGUUGCCAAUGCUGUGCUGGAUGGAAGUGAUGCGAUUCUUCUGGGUGCUGAGACUCUACGUGGGUUGUACCCUGUUGAGACUAUCUCUAUUGUUGGUAAAAUUUGUGCUGAGGCAGAGAAGGUUUUCAAUCAAGACCUUUAUUUUAAGAAGACUGUCAAAUAUGUUGGAGAGCCAAUGACCCACUUGGAAUCUAUUGCUUCCUCAGCGGUACGAGCUGCCAUUAAGGUGAAGGCAUCUGCCAUUAUUUGUUUCACUUCUUCAGGAAGGGCUGCAAGAUUGAUUGCUAAGUAUAGGCCAACAAUGCCAGUUAUAUCUGUUGUCAUUCCCCGGCUUAAUACAAAUCAGCUGAAAUGGAGCUUUAGUGGAGCCUUUGAGGACCAACUGUCUAGUUCGUAUCCCAUGUCGGAAAGCCUUUAUCCCUUUAAUGCAAGGCAAUCACUUGUAGUCAGAGGCCUCUUCCCCAUGCUUGCGGAUCCCAGACAUCCUGCGGAGUCUACAAGUGCUACAAAUGAGUCGGUUCUAAAGGUUGCCCUUGACCAUGGAAAGACAGCAGGAGUCAUUAAAUCGCACGAUCGAGUUGUUGUGUGCCAGAAAGUUGGGGAUGCAUCUGUGGUCAAGAUUAUUGAGCUUGAGGAUUAAGAUAAACUGUUCUCAUUGUCAGUCUUGAGGUAUUGCUUAUAUUUUUUUGAACGUGGACUGUAGCUGUCACCCAUAUGGUUUUACAUCUCAGGGCACGAGGACUAGGUGACUUGAGAUAUAUUGAGAACGUAGACUCGGGUAAUUAUUUUUGUUUAUUCAAGGUUAGCCAUGGGGGAAUAUGUCCAUGAUGUUCAUUUCCACUUCAGCGUUAAUGCCAGUAAUGUCUGUUGCUUGCAAUGAUUAACGCUGUUUGUCUAACGUGUAUCCAAGUAAUACGAGCGCAGGUCAGCAUCUAUUUCAACUGGAGGUAGUAUCGUUGGUCCAUACUGUGAUGAAAUAAUAAGUGCUAUUGUAUUCAAAUCGUUAUUUUGGUGUUGUAGACGCUCUUUGUUCUUUAUUAAAUGACUGUUUUUUGAUA